CACAAAGAAUAUUAUAUAAAUAUAAAUUUCCAUAUUUCCCUCAUUCGUACAAAUUGUAAUUUUAUGCAUUUUUUGCCACAGAGCAGCCAAAAAAAUUAAAUGUCAAAUUCAUUCCUAAUCUUUUUUAAUUCUUUCAUUUCAAUCUAACGAAAAACAAAAAAGACCACCUUCCCUCUACACUAAUUACAAAUUCUUGAUUUUCCAUGGAAAUCCGACCAAAGAAACCUCACUUCUUUAAACCCAUUCUGCCAGGUUUCAAGAACAGCCUUAAAAUUCCUGUAGGUUUCUUGAAGUAUUUGAAGGGACAUGAUCAGCAUGAACAUGCAAUACUGAAGAGGGCUGGUAAAAAUUGGCUGGUGAAACUGAAUGACCAUCGAUUUGAAGAGGGUUGGGGAAAAUUUGCGGAGGAGUUUGAUUUGGAAUUGCGAGAUAUAUUGGUGUUCAGACAUGAAGGAGAUAUGGAAUUUGAAGUUUCCAUCUUUGAUUCAAGUCAUUGUGACAGAGAAUAUGCAGAGUAUAUGCAAGAAGAAAAAACCAAUAAUGUUGACAGAAAAUAUGCAGAGUAUUUGCAAAUAGAAGAGGACGAGGAGGAAGAUGAAGAGAAAGGUGAAGAAGCAGCUGCUCAUGACAAGCCUUUUGGUCAAUCUCAUUUUGAAUGCACUAUCAGACCAUAUUGCCUUUCGAAAGGUUUCUUGUGCCUUCCUAGACAUUUUGUGUUUGCAAACGUUCUCACCAACAAGAAAUGCUGUUUGAUUGUAAGAGAUGAAAGGCAAAGAUCGUGGAAUUUAAGGAUAACUUCUAAUAAAAUUCAAGUUUGUAUUGGAGAUGGAUGGCGUAAAUUCAUUGCUGAUAAUUUUUUAAAGGAGGGAGAUCGUAUUAAGUUUGAGGUUGUUACUGAUGGAGAGACACCAAUAUGGAAAUUUCAAGUUGUUAGUGAAGCAGAAGCUCCAUUGCAGAAGUUUCAAGAUCUUAGGACCUCGAGCGUGACUACUCCGAAUUCACAAGUAGCUGCUUCAACUUCUGCAUAUGGCAAUCCUCGUUUGAGUCAUUGUAACACGGAAUAUGCGGAGUAUCUUCAAGAGGAAGAUGAAGAAGAAGAGGAAGACGAGUUUGAGGAGGAUGAGUACAAGGAGAAGGAAGAGGACGAGGAGGAAGAAGACGGAGAGAAAGGUGAAGAAGGUGCUAUUCAUGACAAGCCUUUUGGUCAAUCUCAUUUUGAAUGCACUGUUAGACCAUAUUGCCUUUCUAAAGGUUUCUUGUGCCUCCCUAAACAUUUUGUGUUUGCAAGCGGUCUCACCAACAAGAAAUGCGCUUUGAUUAUAAAAGAUGAAAGGCAAAGAUCGUGGAAUUUAAGGAUAACUUCUAGUAAAACUCAAGUCUGUAUUGGAGACGGAUGGCGUAAAUUCAUUGCUGACAAAUGCUUAAAGGAGGGAGAUCGUAUAAAGUUUGAGGUUGUUACUAAUGGAGAGACACCAAUAUGGAAAUUUCAUGUUGUUACUGAUGCAGAAACUCCAUUGCAGAAGUUUCAAGGCAAGUUUCUCAUCUUAUGAUUGUCAUAUGCAAUACCAUGUUUGUUUUAUUUAUGAUUGUAAUGUUUCUUCUUUCUUCUU